CUUGUGUCAUCAGCCUUCUUACCCUGAAGACAAGAUGCCACAGGAAGACGAAAACUCAGAGAUCAUGAUCACCUUCCUCAGAAAAGAACUCGAAGCUUCUCUCGAAAAGAAUGGUUCAUUGGAGAAAGAAAACCAGGAGCUGAGAAAAGAAGUUGUUCGCCUCAGAGAUCAGAUAACUUCCUUAAAAGCACACAAUCAUGAGAGGAAAAGUGUGCUCUGGAAGAAGUUCCAGAACUCGAUGGAUACACCGGAACAAAGUCCAGCGGCAAAAGAGAAGACGAGUCCAAAACUAGACUUCACAGAGGAAAAGCCAGCAACAAUAUUGACAAAUGCACCACCACCAAAACCGCCUCCAGCUCCUCCUGCUUCCAUCAAGGAGGUAAAGGGCAAUAAAGGGCCGUCAGCACCAGCACCACCACCUCCACCGCCGCCCUCAAAAUCUCUACUUGGUACAAAAGGAGUGCGCCGUGUGCCAGAAGUAAUUGAGCUCUACCGAUCACUUACAAGGAAAGAUCCACACAUGGAGAACAAAGCCAACCCUGCAGGAGUUCAUGUUUUUGCUCUCACCAAGAACAUGAUUGGAGAAAUCGAAAACCGUUCAUCUUAUGUUUUAGCAAUAAAGUCAGAGGUCGAAACACAAGCAGAGUUCAUAAAUUUCUUGAUCAAAGAGGUGGAGUCAGCAACCUUUAAGAACAUUGCCGAUGUAGAAGCAUUUGUGAAUUGGCUGGAUCGGCAGCUGUCCUCCUUGGUUGAUGAAAGAGCAGUUCUGAAACAUUUUCCACAGUGGCCAGAACGAAAAGCCGACACUUUGCGAGAAGCUGCCUGCAACUACAGAGACCUCAGAAACCUCAAAUCCGAAGUCUCAACAUUCGAAGACAACAUGAAGGAGCCAUUGGUCUUGGCACUUCGAAGAAUAGAGGCAUUACAAGACAGAUUGGAGAGAAGUCUUAGCAGCACAGAGAGAACAAGGGAUGUUACCAGCAAGAAAUACAGGGAUUUUCAGAUCCCAUGGGAAUGGAUGUUAGACACAGGGCUGAUCGGACAGAUGAAAUUAAGUUCUCUAAGGCUCGCCAAGGAGUUCAUGAAAAGGAUUAUCAAAGAAGUGCAGUCUAGUGAAUGCUCAAGACUAGAAAACCUAGUUCUCCAAGGAGUCCGAUUUGCUUUCCGAGUACACCAGUUUGCAAGCGGUUUUGAUUCAGAGACAAUACUUUCCUUCGAGGAGCUAAAGAAGAUAGGCAUGGAUAUCAGGAGACAAGCCAACAAACAAUAGCAUGAUAUGUAUUUGAGAAAUGGCCCUGGCCAAGUAGCAUAAAAAUG